UUUUUUCUCUUAUUUAUUUUGGUCAGCAUAGCUGUGCAAUGUCUUUCAACUGAUUUUUCUACCCAAAAAGGGGUUAAAGGACUUCCACUUCAUGUCCAAAUAGAUACUUAUGAUGAUCAAUCUGAUUCAAAAAUUCCUUUUCAUAGAGGCUAUUGUCAAAUUAAAGUGUUUUGUGAUAAGGGAGCAGAAAGAAAAUUACGAGAUGAAGAUAAACGUGCCCACAGAAGAAAAAAUAAUGGAAGUAAUGGAAGUGCAGGGUGCAAAUCGAAAAAUGCUACAUGAAAAUAGAAGGGAUGAACGACGACGAACUGGCAGUGCACCAACUGUUAGUGGUGGAGCAAGCGGAGGUGCAGGAGGGGGAGGUGGACGAAAGAAAAUUGACAGUGGAGAAUUCCAUGAAAGUUGUGAAAGAAGUCAAUUUUAUCACAGUGCAGACUUGGAAAGGCCGGCAGCACUUUUUGUGCCUAGCGACGAUUUCUUUUUUGAUACAGCUUCGAUUUGUUCUUAUGAUGCUUUAUCUGAAAUGGAACCGCAGCCUAAAAGGCCUAAAUCUUCUGAAAGGGUAAUGAUAUACGUCCGGAAAGCAGACGAAGACGUUUUUACACCGUUGCAUUUAGUUCCACCAUCACUUGGUGGUUUAGCUCGUGCAAUAAGCGAAAAAUAUAAUUUAGAUGAAACUAAAAUUGAAGCUUUUUAUAAACAAUGCCAAAAGGGUGGAAUUACUGUUAAAAUUGAUGGUUGGAAUUUUUUAAAUUAUUAA